GUUGAAGGGAUCAGACAGUGUGCACGGUGCAUGAGGGGUGUACCCAUACUAUGGCAGCGAGCAGAGUAAAGUGAUCAGUCGAUCAGCAGCUGCUCCGGAUCACAUACAGAUCACUCUUAAAGGGGCAGAUGUGUGACAGCUUGAGUGAGUAAGCAAAGCCUGGGAAUCUAAACAGCAGCGAUGCCCAUCAGAGGAGACAGGUUGUUCCAUCAUCAAGCUGCCAGCCCGAGCAAGAAUCUCUCAGCAUGGUUUGGGACCUCCAGCAUGGAGGAGACUAUAUGGGAGCAGUACACGGUGACCUUACAGAAGCAUAGCAAAAAAGGAUUCGGGAUUGCAGUCUCUGGAGGAAAAGAUAAUCCACACUUUGAAAAUGGUGAACCUUCCAUUGUCAUUUCUGAUGUGCUUCUUGGGGGUCCAGCUGAUGGAUAUUUACAGGAGAAUGAUCGUGUGCUUACGGUCAAUGGAACAUCUUUGGAUAAUGUGCCCCAUUCAUUUGCAGUACAGCAGUUAAGAAAAUGUGGGAAAACCGCUGUUAUUGUGGUGAAAAGACCUCGGAAAGUUCAAAUUGCAGCAUCAAGGCGGACCCCUUCUCCUGAGCCUGACCUUCGAGCUCUCGACGCCCUUGAUGAUGAUGGACAUUUUGAUCGCAGAAGCGCAUAUAGCGCUUACAGCGAGGUCUGGCAAAGUGGAAGUGGCCGUCGCAGCAGGGAAUCCAGUCCAGACAGAGGAUAUGGAAGAGAUCAGGAUAGAGGCCGCGCUUAUGAUAAGGAUCCAGAUUAUGGCCGGGGAAGGAGUAAAGAACGAGAUCUAGAUGAUGACCAUGGUCACAGAGCAGAACGCAGCCGGGGUAGAAGCAUUGAUCGGGACUUAAGUGAAGAACGCAGGUAUAGGAGGGAUAGGGGGAAAAGCGUGGACAGAGAAGAAUCCUUUGAACGUAGCUACAGUGGGGACUAUAGCCCAGAAAGAGGAAGUAUACAGAAAUCCCAAACAGACCACAGAAAUGAAAAAGAGCUUCUUCACCGCAGUCGUGAUAGACUUCAGUCCCACAGUCCUUCACCUGAACCACACCGACAAGUAAAAAAGGGUCAAGAAAAGCCCAUCAGUGUACUCCUUGCCAAAAAGAAACAGAAAGAAGAAUAUGGUUUGCGCCUUGGCAGCCAGAUAUUCAUUAAGGAAAUGACAGACGCUGGUUUAGCAACCAGAGAUGGAAACUUGACUGAAGGAGACAUUGUUCUUAAAAUCAAUGGCACUGUGACGGAAAACAUGUCCUUAGGUGAUGCACGGAAGCUGAUUGAGAAGUCUAGAGGGAAACUGCAGCUGGUUGUGCAGAGAGAUGUCCUACAAACUCUGAUUAACAUUCCUUCUGUACAUGACAGUGACUCCGACAUAGGAGAUAUUUCUGAGAUCGAGUCCAAUCGUUCCGGCUCCCCCCUGGAGGAUGUGGGAUUGCACCACUCCGACUCUCAUUCCUCUAAUGAAAAGCUAAAAGCGACCUCUAAAGAGGAUCCACCCAACAGACUGGCCAAGAUGGGAGCUAUGCCCACUCCUUUUAAAGUGAUGAACAGAUCUGUGAGCCCUGCUCCUGUUAGUGUAAGCCCAGUGGUUCCAGAGACCACACCAGAGCCAGUGUACUCGGAAGACAUUCCAGUAGAGAAGCCUGUCGUGGUCCGAAAGCAGUUUCUGCAGCCAAGUCCUGAAGAUUUGGAGAUCUAUGGGCCUAAUACAAGAAUGAUUCAGUUUCGAAAAGGGGACAGCGUGGGCAUGCGACUUGCUGGUGGUAAUGAUGUUGGUAUAUUUAUCGCUGGCGUUCAGGAAGGAAGUGCUGCUGAGCAGGAAGGCCUGCAAGAGGGUGAUCAGCUGCUUAAGGUCAACACACAAGACUUCCGAUGUAUUGUCAGAGAAGAUGCCGUUUUGUAUCUGUUGGAAAUACCAAAAGGAGAAGAAGUUACCAUUUUAACUCAGAGCAAAUAUGAUGUCUACAAAAACAUACUUGCCUGUGGCCGAGGAGAUUCGUUCUUCAUAAGGACUCAUUUUGAGUAUGAGAAGGAGGCUCAGCAAUUUUUAGCAUUCACAAGAGGCGAGAUUUUCAGAGUGGUGGAUACACUAUACGAUGGGAAGCUAGGCAGCUGGCUGUCUGUAAGGAUUGCCGAUGAACUGGAGAAGGGACUUAUUCCAAGCAAAAGCAGAGCUGAUCAGCUGGCCAGUGUACAGAAUGCACAGAGAACUGCAGCUGGAGAUAGGGCAGACUUCUGGAAAAAUCGAGGCCAAAGAUCUGGAGCCAAGAAGAAUGUGAAAAAAAGCCGUGAAGACCUGGCAUCACUUUCUCUAAUCGGUACAAGGUUUCCUUCCUAUGAGAAAGUCAUGCUGAGGGAAGCUGGCUUUAAAAGACCCGUUGUGUUGUUUGGCCCAAUUGCUGAUGUAGCGAUGGAAAAAAUGGCAAAUGAUAUGCCCGAUUUGUUUCAAAUAGCAAAGACCGAGCCAAAGGAUGCUGGCUCGGACAAGCCGAGUGGAGUAGUGAGGCUGAAUACUGUUCGACAGAUCAUUGAACAAAACAAGCAUGCUCUCAUGGACGUUACACCAAAAGCCGUGGACCUGCUUAACUACACACAGUGGUUCCCUAUAGUUGUGUUGUUCAACCCAGACAGUAAGCAAGGAGUGAAAACCAUGAGACAGAGACUGUGUCCACAAUCAAACAAAAGCUCUCGGAAACUUUAUGAGCAAGCAAAUAAACUUAAGAAGACCUGUAGUUAUCUAAUUACAGCUACUAUUAACUUAAAUUCGUCCAAUGACAGCUGGUUCGGAAGUCUGAAGGAUGUGAUUAAAGCUCAGCAGACAGAGGCAGUCUGGGUGUCCGAAGGAAAGAACGAUGGAAUAGAUGAGGAUGAAGAUCGCAUGUCCUACCUGACUGCAAUGGGAGCAGACUACUUGAGUUGUGAUAGCCGAUUAAACAGUGACUUUGAAGACACAGAUGGUGAAGGAGGAGCAUAUACAGACAAUGAGCUUGACGAACUUGUUGAUGAUCCGGUACCGGUCUCUGCCAUUAGUAGAUCUUCUGAACCUGUCCGCCCUGAAGAGAUUACAGUAAAACCAGUUCAAGAGCCUAGGAGUCAGCUGAAAGGGGCAAUCAGCAAAGAGGUGCUACGAGAGCCCAGUCCACCACCAUCAUUUAAACCAGAUCCUCCCAAGGUUAAACCCCAAAGUAAAGAUGAGCUGUAUGACUCGCCUCGUAGUUCUGAUGCUAAACGGAGUAGUUCCAGUGUAGUCAGGAGUGAAGCCUCAGCAGGAUCUGGCAAGGCUGUUCCACCUCCCACUGCUGCUAAACCUGUGUUUGCUACCAAACCCAUAAUAAAGCCUACUGUCAGUGUUAACCCUCCCGUUGGAAAUAACGAGGACCCAGUACAUGAAGAGCUAAAGGCCCCCAAGUCUGUGUUAGGGAAAGUGAAAAUUUUUGAGAAGAUGGACCUCAGUGCAAGACAACAAAGGAUACAAGAGUUACAUGAAGCACAAAAUGCACGGUUGGAGCUGGCACAGAAACUUCCUGACAUUUAUGCGGUACCUAUAAAACCACAGAAAAAUGACCAGAAUCGAUCCCAGGUAGCAGGUUCCAGGCACCCAGAACCUCAAAAACCACCAGGCUGGUCCUAUUUGGACAAUAGGGGAAGCGAUGACGAAGAAGAGGACUAUCGCCAACAGUUGGCUGACCAAUCAAAACGUGGAUUUUAUUCUCAACCCACUAAAUACAGGGACACUGAGCUCUGAAUUGCUGCACAAAAGACAGAAUCAUAGUACAGAUGUACGGUUUAUCAGUGUACAGUUCUUUUUUUUUUAAAUAUAAAGGAAAAUAGACAACUCAAAUCUACUGUUCCUGCCUCCUGUCCAUGUGUUAACUCAUUUUGCACUGUUUGACCCAUGCAACUGUAUUGUUCUUAAUACAUAGCAGGCACUGCUAUACCAAACUGGAAAACUGCAACUAACUAUAGUAGGUACAUUGGGUAUUAUGUAAAUAAGAAGGGGAGGUUUGCUACUGAAAAGUUUUGUCUUGCGUUUGUGGUAACUUGUGUUGUGUUUUUUACUAAUGACACACAUCUUCAUUACAGGGAGGGCUGUCUUUUGGCAUAGUUUCCAUGUCAACAGUAUCCUACCAUUAGAGCAAGGGUGUGCAGCCUAUGGGCUGUGACCCC